UCUAAGAAUGGCCUCCCUGAACUCCAGCCUCUGGAAUGAAACCACUACAUCUGUUUAUCAGUACCUUGGUUUUCAAGUUCAAAAAAUCUACCCUUUUCAUGAUAACUGGAACACUGCCUGCUUUGUCAUUCUGCUGUUAUUUAUAUUUACAGUGGUAUCUUUAGUGGUGCUGGCUUUCCUUUAUGAAGUGCUUGACUGCUGCUGCUGUGUGAAAAACAAAACUGUGAAAGACUUAAAAAGUGAACCAAACCCUCUUAGAAGCAUGAUGGACAAUAUCAGAAAACGUGAAACUGAAGUCGUCUAGCACUCUACACAAGAUGAAUAAAAGCUUUGAAAACAGCCUUCAAUGACAGAAAAAAAACUUGAGGCCAAUUGUUAUUACA